AAAACGCGCUGCACAGGAGGUGAGCCGUGAUUAUUUCUGCUCGGCCGAAGACUUAAGAUGCGUUUGUUCCUGGCGCUCUGCUUGUUUCUCCAACUUCUCCACGGCACAUUUGCCAGUGAACCCGUGGGGUGCUACGGCAAAGUUCACCUAAGCGAUGGUGCCAAGUCCUGUUGCGGAACGAAGUCGUACUCCACGAAGAGUGAAAUCUGCUGCAAUGACAUGAUCUACGCCAAGGAGAAGUACGGUUGCUACGAUGGCGCGUUGUGCAGCAGAUCCGCAUCGGAUUACCUGUCUGAAUGUCGCGUGGUAAUCCAAGCAGGCGACGGUAUUCAGCCACUCCACGCCAUCUCUUCCAAGCGCUACAAAUUCGCUACCAUCGGGACCCUGCGACCCCCGCUGCCCGGCGAGCAGUGUAACCACGUCCGCUUUGACGCCCUCGCGGAGGUGUGGAAGCAGGGACGGAAGGACCACCUCAAGGUGAAGAUGAUGUCGGACGACAAGCCCUGGUCAUUCGUCUUGCCGAAGGAGCGAGGAGGCCCUUGCCCCGAUCCGACUGAACACCAGACCUACGUCCUGCUCUCGGCGCGGAGGGGCAAGGCCGUCAAUCUGCAGAGCGAACAAGCAGAGAUCUUCACGGCCAACGGCGAUAUCGGCCAUGCGUUGAAAGCCCUGCAUGCCUGGCUGGACGCGAAUCCGAGGAGAAGUCGAAGCUAAACCUCCCCGAGGGAGCGGCGUUCCCGCGCGCGGUGGUCGAAUUUCGGCGACGCAAUCCGGGUGACGUAGAG